UAAUUGCGAGAUUUUUAAUAUCUUUUAUAUUUCAAAUUAUAUAAGUUUCUCAUACAUUAUAUUUUUAAAAUCUAUUUGCUUUUAGAUGUCGAAGAUAAUAUUUUUGAUCGCUUUCCUGGCACAUGCCGUUGUAACCAUCGCAACCGAUACAAAAAUCGUUUGCUAUUAUGGUAGCUGGGCUGCUUAUCGCCCUGGACUUGGAAAGUUCGAACCUACCGAUAUAGAUCCGACAUUAUGCACUCAUAUGAUCUAUACUUUUAUUGGUAUUGCUAAUGAUGGUAAUAUCAGAAUAUUAGAUAGUUGGAUGGAUCUACCAAGUGGCAAGGAUGGUUAUGGAAAAUUUACUAGACUUCGUCAAUUGAGCCCUAAUACUAAGGCAUUAAUAGCGAUAGGUGGUUGGAACGAAGGAUCCUAUAAGUAUUCUGAAGUUGUUGCUAAUCCUGAAAUUCGAAUUCGAUUCGUCAAAAACGUGGUUGCCUUUUUGAAAAAAUAUAAUUUUGAUGGUUUCGACGUAGAUUGGGAAUAUCCGAAUCAACGUGGUGGCAAAGAAGCUGACAAAAAAAACUUUAUUGCCUUGUUAAAAGAAUUAAGACAAGAAUUCAAUAAACAUAAUUACAUCCUCAGUAUAGCGGUUGCUGCUGCUAAAUCUUCAGCUUUGAAAUCAUAUCAUAUUUCUGAAGUAUCGAACUAUGUUCAUUUUAUUAAUCUUAUGACGUACGAUUUAAAUGGAUCGUGGAACAAUUUUGCAGCGAUUAAUGCUCCUCUAUACGCUUCCUCUAGCGAAUCUGGAGCUCAAGCUGAGCUUAACGUGAAUUCGUCUGUUCAAUAUUGGCUUUCAGAAGGUGCACCAGCUAAUAAGCUCAUUGUUGGUAUUCCAGCUUACGGUAGAUCUUUCACUUUGGCAAAUUCCAUAAACAAUAAACCAGGAGAUAAAACUAUAGGUGCUGGACAAGCUGGACCUUACACACGAGAAAAUGGUAUGCUUGGUUAUAAUGAAAUUUGUGAAUUCAUUGAUCAGGGUUGGACCGUGGUACGCGAACCUGAACAACGUGUACCUUAUGCUUUUAAAAACAAUCAAUGGGUUGGAUAUGAUGACGUCGUAUCUGUUGAAGAAAAGGUUAAUUAUGUUAAAUAUAAUGGCCUCGGUGGUAUAAUGAUGUGGAGCGUCGAAACUGAUGAUUUCCAUGGUACGUGUGGUGAAAAGUAUUCACUUUUGAAUACAAUAAAUAGAGUGUUAAAGGGACAUAAUCCAUCUACUGCAACUACGACUGCUGCAUCCACAACUAGUGGUAUAUCGAAUAGCACAACAACUAUCGUAUCUAGUACAACUAUUUCUACGUCGACUAGUACAACAACUAUUGCAUCCACUAGUACAUCAACUAUACCAUCGUCAUCUGUACCAUCGUCAUCAUCACCGAAUUCUGUGUGCACACAGGAGGGCUACGUUCGAGAUCCACAAGAUUGUUCAAUAUUUUAUUAUUGUCGAAAUGUAAACGGUAAAUACAUUAUAAACAAAUUCCAUUGUCCUAAAAAUCUUGUAUUUGAUACAAAGAUCAAUAAUUGUAAUUACAAACACAAUGUUCCUGAUUGUGCAUAAAAUCGAUAUAAAUAAACUAUAUAAA